AUAAUUAUUGACAUUUUGUCUAUGCUUUUAUAUUUAUUAUUGAUACAUUUUUCGUGCAAAUUGUUUUUUACAUUCUGAUUAUAAAAACUUGUAUUAAUGACAAAAGUGAUUUAAUUAGUGUUUACUGCUACUACUAAACAUGGAUCGAAAUAUACCAGGCAAAGAACAUCAUUCGUAUAUACAGAAGAUGCAGUAUAUGUCCCUUAAUAACCAAGAUGCGGUAAACGUUCGGGGAGGAAUUAAAACGGAGCCGGUAAUUUCGAAACCUGUAGGAGCAAUAGAAAGUUUUACCAGGGAUUCGAGAGAGCAACUCAACGAUUACGCUAUGUACGAGAGAAAUAACAUAAUAGCAAGUUCAAAGUACGCCACUCCUAAACGUGUCGAAACGAUAGCAAGUCAAAGAAUUUACGAAGAAGACGAUGUGUAUGUACAAUGUGCGAAACCACAAGUACCCCCAACUUCAAGUCCAACGCACUUAUUAUUAUCAGGAAGUCCUAGGACUAAUGCAGUUUACGAAAAUGUUGAGUAUAAAAAAGGUGCUGAAAUGCCUUAUUACAGUAGGAGUACAAAUCCGGUUAACUAUAGAAAAGCUCAACCUCAAGUUCCGAGUGGAAAUAAGAGUAAUAUUGAAAUGGAUGGUCCACCAGUUUAUGAGAAUUUGCAUAUGUCUCAUAAAAGUUCGGGAGCGAUGCCAGGACCGCAAGUUCCCCCCAGUGCUCCGCCACCUUAUAACUAUCAAUACUCGUCUCAACCCGUGUAUACUCCAAUGCAAGCUCCUGUUUUAAAUAAGGCCCAACCGCAGUCUCCGUACAGUCACUACAACACAUCCCCAUCUAAGAGUUUAACACAGGAACAAUUGGAUGAAUUAAACAGCAGCGAUUACGUUUGUAUGACCGGUAAUGUAGCUCACGCCACUUUAAAUACAAACACUCCCUUUCAAACUACCUCUGCAAAAAGCUACGAUAGAACUGUAGCUACAGGGAUAGCCCAGACUCCAACUAAAACGUUACCUCCAAAAGAAAUUAAAAAACCGGCGCCUUUACCACAAAAAAUUGAAAAGAGACCAUCACCAGCACCUAGUCCUACUCCAAGCACUUUCAGUAACCCUGGAGGCCGGUUGAAAAUGUCUGGAAAGAAUUUACUGCCUUAUAGUGUGACGCCCCCAAAACCCAGGGGGCCUACAGAGGCCGAAAAGAAAAUUGAAGAAAUGACAAGGCAAAUCGAGGAGGAGAUGGAAAAAAACGAAGAGGAAGGUGAAUAUUUCGGGAUUUGUCAUACGUGCGGUGAUAAAGUGACGGGCGCAGGGCAGGCUUGUCAGGCAAUGGGUAACCUCUACCAUACAAACUGUUUUAUUUGCUGUUCUUGUGGGCGCGCUUUGAGAGGUAAAGCUUUCUAUAACGUCCACGGAAGGGUGUACUGCGAAGAAGAUUACCUAGUAAGCCCUACUCCAAAUGAUUAUUCCGGGUUCCAGCAAACCGCGGAAAAAUGCGCGAUUUGCGGUCAUUUGAUUAUGGAAAUGAUUCUCCAAGCCAUGGGUAAAUCCUAUCAUCCGGGGUGUUUCAGAUGUUGCGUUUGUAAUGAAUGUUUAGAUGGAGUCCCGUUCACUGUAGACGUCGAUAAUAAGAUAUAUUGCGUCAACGAUUACCACAGGAUGUUCGCCCCGAAGUGCGCGGCUUGCGGUAAAGGUAUUACCCCCGUGGAGGGUACGGAAGAGACCGUCCGAGUGGUAUCUAUGGAUAAGGAUUUCCACGUGGAUUGUUACGUUUGCGAAGAAUGCGGUAUGCAGUUGACCGACGAACCGGAUAAGAGAUGUUAUCCUUUGCAGGAUAGAUUGAUGUGUCGGAAUUGUCAUAUACAGAGGUUGCAGCAUAUGCCGACUCAAAUGCAUCCUGUUUCUGCUACUUAUCAAUACACAGGUUGAGUUAACUUUGGGGAUAAUUUUCCAACAUGUAUUUGUGUUAUGUGUUAGAAUCAUUUUGGCAAAUCUUGAGUUUCGAUGAUCGAAAAAUGUGUAUUUGGAAACUAUAGUAUCAAAUUUUUCUCUAUUAUUCACCAUCUUCUUCGUUUAACGCCGUCGUUUCUUCUAGAUAUUAUUUUGGGUCCUUUGUUGAGUUUCACUUUGGUUUUUCCUUUUCACCUUUUUUGUAGCUUCCAUCGUCGAUUUAAGUGAUUUAAGUCAAUAUUGAAGUCACGGAUUAAUAACAAUCGUAGAUUGUAUCGUUUUAGCUCAAUAAAUUUUUUUAUUUAAUUUCACAUCGUUUUUCACAAAUUUUCACCUUUUCCCCAUAAUCAUCCGUCACCAUUUUGAUAAAUAAAGUCUAUAAUAAACUAGCACAGAAUGAUAAUAAAAUAUUAUGUCUUUUAGACAUUGUUUUGUAUCAAUUUAGUUAUCAGAUCAAAACCAGAUGCACUUUUUUUUAAUUUAAAACAAUUUUUCACUCAUUUUAACCUUUUUUCAUUUUUAUUCAGUUCAUUUUCAUGAUUAAAGUCAAUAUUUAAGUCAUAGAGAAUUGUUAUCAUCUAUUGUAUCUUCUAGGUAUUAUUUUAGGUCGUUUUUAUCAAUGCCUGACCCUUUUGUUUGAUUUCACCCAUUUUCACUAUUUUUGUAGCUUCCACCUACUCUUGUAGAUGAUUGAAGUCAAAAUUGAAGAAUCUUAAUCAUAUAUUGUGUCUCAUAGUAAUUAUUUCAUAUAUAAUUUCACCCAUUUUUCACUCUUUUUCACCUAUUUUGUAAUUCUGACCAGCCCAUCUGGAUGGUUACGAUCAAUAUUUAAGUCCCAGAGAACUGUUUUCAUAUUUUGUGUCUUGCGGAUAUUGUACUAGAUUAAUUUCAUCCACCACAAGGGGCUCUUCUUCAAUUUCCUCUAGUUUUUCACCCAUUUUUACUAUUUUUGUAGCUUCCACCUACUCUUGUAGAUGAUUAAUGUCAAAAUUGAAUCAUAUUAUGUCUUAUAGGCACCAUUUGAUAAAGUUCAUACGUUUUUAUUUAAUUUCACCCCGUUUUUAACUCAUUUUCACCUUUUUUCAAUAAUCAUCCAGUUCAUUUUCGUGAUUCAAGUCCAUAUUAUAGUAACAAAGACUGUUUUCUUAUACUGUAUCUUUUAGGUCGAUUUUAUAAAUUUCGGACCCUCUUUUUGAUUUCACCCUGUAUUUCACCCAUUUUCACUAUUUUUGUAGCUUCCACCUGCUCUUGUAGAUUAUUGAGAACUGUUUUCAUAUUUUGUAUCUUCUAGGCACUGCUUCAGGUCAAUUUUAUCAAGGACAUGCACUUUUCUUCAAUUUCCUUUCGUUUUUCACCCGUUUUCAUUGCUUUUGUCGUUUUAACCUUAUCAUUUGAAUGAACAUGGAAGACACGGAAACUCGUUAUCAUAUAUUGUUUCUUUUAGGUAUUCUUUUAGAUCGAUUGUACAAAAGUCAGACGCCCUUGUUUGAUUCCACCUUUGUUUUCACUCUUUUUCACCUUUUGCGUAGCUUUUACUUGCUCGUCGGGAUGAUUUAAGGGACGAUUUGAGUCAAUAUAUUGUGUCUUAUAGACAUUGUUUUGAACUGAUUUUGUAAUCAGAUCCUCCUUUUUUCAGUUUUACCUCGUUUUUCACUCAUUUUCACCUUUUUUUCACUUUAAUCAACGCAAUUUAAUGAUUUAUGUUCAUAUUGAAGUUACCAUUAAUUGUAAUUCUUCUAAGUAUUAUUUUGGGUGGAUUUAUCAAAGAGAGGUACUCUUCUUCUAUUUCACAUAGUUUUUCACUAAUUUUCACUCUUUUUUCAUCUUUUUCACAUCGUUUUUACUAAUUUUUACCAUUUUUUCAUGUUUUUCCACCUAUUUUGAUGAUUAAAAUCAGUAAUAGACUCACACAUGAUGAUAAUCGUAUAUUGUGUCUUCUAGACAUUGGUUUGAACUGAUUUUGUAAUCAGAUCAAAUCCAUCCAGAUGCUCCUUUUUUCAGUUUUACCUCGGUUUUCACCCAUUUUCACUUUUUUUUUGGCUUCAAUUCAGUAAUUCUGAUGAUUAGAUCCUUAUUGAAGUUACAAAUAAUCUUAAUCAUAUAGCAUAUUUUACAAACAUUGUUUUGUAUUAAUUCUAUAAUCACAUCGCUCUGCUUUUCAAUUUCACAUACUUUUUCAUUAAUUUUCAACCAGCUUAAUUCGAUAAAUAAGGUCCGAAUUAUCAUGAAUCGUUAACAUCCAUUAAACAUAAAAUCGAUUUUUCAAGUUAAAAAUAUAUUUUUAUAACUUUACAGACCAUAGUUUGUCUAUUCCAUUAGCUAUAAAAAACAUGCAAAGUAACACUAAAACAUGAAAUUCGUACACAAUCAUAUUAACAACAAUAAAUCUUAACACAACUGAAAAACGAUGCCACACGGCUGCCAACGUUUCAAAUUUAUUUCUCCUGUUACACGAACGAUCAUUUCUAAUACAAUUCAGAUAUUAAUAUAAAUUUUACUACUAUUUAACUUCACAGAGCUCUUCUUUUCUAAUAUAUUCCUAUAUGACAGCUACAUGUCUGGUAACUAUGCUGUAUGUCGUUAGAGAAAAGGUCAGUAGAGAAGAAGAAGAAUGUCUGGUAACUUAAAAACUUAACCGUGCUUUCAAGGAU